CCAGUCGGACUACAAGACAGGGCUGGAACUACAAUUCCCAGCAGGCAGCUGGGCUGCAGACCGCGGCCGCCGAGAGCGGGCAGAAGAGCCCUGCGCGCGCGGCGGGGAUGGAACGUUGCUAGAGUUCGCGGGUCUAGGGCUGGGGGACUGAGCCGCAUGCCUGCAACCUCAGCGCGCCAAAGCGGGAAUCUGGAAGGCGGGCGGCCCUGCAAUUAAUGCACGUAUUUAAAACUUCUGAACCUGGAGACGCCAUGCAGAGGAAGCACCUUCAGGAGAUUCCAGACCAGAGCAGCAACGUUACCACCAGCUUCACGUGGGGAUGGGAUUCCAGUAAGACUUCUGAGCUGCUAUCAGGCAUGGGAGUCUCAGCCCUGGAGAAGGAAGAAGUGGACAGUGAGAAUAUCCCACAGGAAUUGCUUUCAAACCUGGGCCAACCCCAGAGCCCCUCACGCAAACGACUGAAGAGCAAAGGGAAUGACAAAGACUUUGUGAUUGUCCGCAGACCUAAGCUAAAUCGAGAGAGUUUUACAGGUGUGUCGUGGGACUCCCUCCCUGAUGAGCUGCUAUUAGGGAUCUUUUCCUGUUUAUGUCUUCCUGAUCUGCUGAAAGUCUCUGGUGUUUGUAAGAGGUGGUACUGCCUGGUGUUUGAUGAGUCUCUAUGGCAGACCUUAGACCUCACGGGUAAAAAUCUGCACCCUGAUGUGGUUGGCCGGUUGCUGUCUAGAGGGGUGAUUGCCUUCCGCUGCCCACGAUCAUUUAUGGACCAACCAUUGGUCGAACAUUUCAGCCCUUUUCGUGUACAGCACAUGGACCUGUCGAACUCUGUAAUAGAUGUGUCUACCCUCCAAGGCAUUUUGUCUCAGUGUUUCAAAUUGCAGAAUUUAAGCCUGGAAGGCCUACGGCUUUCGGAUCCCAUUGUCAAUAAUCUUGCUCAGAACUCCAAUUUGGUGCGACUAAACCUUUGUGGGUGUUCUGGAUUCUCUGAAUUUGCCCUGAAGACUUUGUUAAGCAGCUGUUCCAGGCUGGAUGAGCUGAACCUCUCCUGGUGUUACGACUUCACUGAAAAGCACGUGCAAGUAGCUGUCGCACAUGUGUCAGAGACCAUCACCCAGCUGAAUCUUAGCGGCUACAGAAAGAAUCUCCAGAAAUCAGAUGUCUCUACCUUAGUUAGAAGAUGCCCCAAUCUUGUCAACCUAGACUUAAGUGAUAGUGUCAUGCUAAAGAAUGACUGCUUUCAGGAAUUUUUCCAUUUGAACUACCUCCAACAUCUGUCACUCAGUCGAUGCUAUGAUAUAAUACCUGAAACUUUACUUGAACUCGGAGAAAUUCCCACACUAAAAACACUACAAGUUUUUGGAAUUGUGCCUGAUGGUACCCUUCAGCUGUUAAAGGAAGCCCUUCCUCAUCUGCAAAUUAAUUGCUCCCACUUCACCACCAUUGCCAGGCCAACUGUUGGCAACAAAAAGAACCAGGAGAUAUGGGGCAUCAAAUGCCGACUGACACUGCAAAGACCCAGUUGUCUAUGAAGUAUUAAAUACACAAUAGCGUCUCUUCUCUUUCUUGGGAACAGGGAAAAUAGGCAGAAAAUCCAACUGCUGAAGCACUCAGCUAGAUUUAUUCUUGGUUUUCCCUUUGCCUUCAUUCUCCAAGCAUAUGAGAGGACCAUUUGAAAGGGAAAAUGGUGAAGAGUUGCUUUUUUUUAUGAAAUGACUGUAAAAAGCUUCUAUCACUGCUAUGCCCCUAAAAGCCUAAGCAAUAGGCCUUUUGAAACUUUAGGAGAGUGAGCCUAUAACUUCAGGAUAUCUUAAAGAGGAAAAUUUGAGCCACCUCUUGCAAAUGCCUUUCUUAUUUAGUCUUUUUUAGAAUCAAGCUUAAAAAUUACUCCAACAAUUUUCAUAGCCAAAUUGAAACUUUCAUGUUUAAUUUUUCAGUAUUGUUUUACAAGACAUAGCUUGGAAGGACAAUAAGCUGUUUGUAUUGUGAGCUGAACAGAAAGAAUCAGGAUAGUCACCGUUGAGUCAAUCUCUUCUGAUGAGUCAAUCUCUUCUGGAAUGGGGGGAAAAAUGCAUUUCAGUUUGCCUUUAGAUUUGAAAUUAGGCUAAUAGAAAUAGUCACAUAUAAUUCACCUGAAAAGCUAAAUAAAAAACAAAACCACCAAAGGUAUAGAACUGGUUUAGGAUUUGAAGGCUCAAGAAGCAAUUUUCUAUGGCAGGUUAAUUUGAAGUAUCCUUUAAUAUUUGUUAAGGUAUUAUGUUUGUAGAAUUCUAAAUUAGGUGAGGAAAUAUAAUUGUGGUUUUUCUAACUUCAUAAUUAAAUUAUGUUAAUAUGGGCUCUUAGCUUUUAAAAUGACUUGCUUUGUUUUAGAAAGGUGCUAUUAACCCAGUCUGAAGAGCUGGAUGGAAGAAUUCUGAAGUUUCUAUUAGAGCUGAGGUUCUUGAGAUUAUAUUUGUAUUACUCUGGAAUCAAGUAUCUUAAAUUGUCUUUUUUUUUUUUUAAUGGUGUCUCACAAUAAUUGUUUGAAGCUACCCAUUUUGUAGGGUUGUUAGACCUAAAGUUCCCUAAGAGGAACUGCCAGACACACUAGAAACAGGAAUGUGUUCCAUGCAGUCUCAGAGCAGUAAGUACUACUCGUGCCUCCAUGAGAGUUAAAGCUCAGGUGUUGAACCUUUUGAUAAGCAUCAGUGAUUUUUUUUUUAAAUGUGGUAUACAAAAGCAAAAAGAUUACAUUCUACUUUUUAAAAUCACGAAAAGCUAGUUUAUUUAGAUUCAUGACUUCCUUAAAUAUUCAAAAUACAAAAAAGCCAAAAUCCAUUAUUUCUAUAAACAAUAACUUUUAAUCGAAAAUUUUUUAAUCUAACAACAAUAGCAUAAAGUGCCCUUAUCUGCUCAGAUCUAAGGAAAAACAUUUCAAAGUAGUGUUAUACAGGAAAUGAUUAUGUUUCAAUGUAUUAGUAGUUAAAAAGUGCUAAAUACUACUUGAAAUUACUGUUUACAGAUUAGUGACAAGGGCUGGUGAUAGGAUCUGGUUGGACUCUGACUUAUGGGUGCCCUCAAACAUAGUUCUUCCAGACUCAAGUCUAGCCAUAAGCUGUUUUACCAACAUGUCAAGAGUAAUCUGUAUUUUUGUAUGUGAUUUCUACUUUUAUAGACCUGUUUUAAAAUAAAACAUUUUUAUACAAUGAA